UCCCAGCGGAAGUGGAUCACACAUCCGGUCCAGCUUGACACCAGUGAUUGAGGUGGAGGCAGUCAGCCUGCCACAGAAAAACAAACGCGGAGAGGUCGAGCAGCACACCGUCAGCCUGUUUUAAAAGAUACAUUAAUAGUGUGACCCGGGGAUAUGUGGAAACAGACCUCCAUUGCGACGUCUUAACGCGGGCUCAGUUAGUGUUUGUUUCUCCUUCCGGCGGAGCGCGUCCCGUCUGCCCGUUCUCUCCGGAGGGAGCACUAAGGAAGACUCCAUGAAAGAUGACGGAGGAGGUGAUUGUUGUAGCCAAGUGGGACUACACGGCCCAGCAGGACCAGGAACUUGACAUCCGCAAAAAUGAGCGUCUCCACCUCCUGGACGACACAAAGACCUGGUGGCGCGUCCGCAACGCCGGCAACCAGACGGGGUACGUGCCGUCGAACUACGUGGAGCGCAAGAACAGCCUGAAGAAAGGCUCCUUGGUGAAGAACAUCAAAGACACACUGGGUUUGGGAAGAACCAAGAGGAAGACGAGCGCUCGCGAUGCCUCCCCGACGCCCAGCUCGGACACGGAGUACCCCUCCAACGGCAGCGCGGGCGGCGCCGCUGAAAGGAUCUACGACCUCAACGUCCCCGCCGUAGUGAAGUUUGCCUACACGGCAGAGCGCGACGACGAGCUGAGCCUGGUCAAGGGCACCCGGGUCACCGUGAUGGAGAAGUGCAGUGACGGCUGGUGGCGGGGCGGCCAGGCCGGCCGCGUGGGCUGGUUCCCCUCCAACUACGUGCUGGAGGAGCUCGGUGGGGCGGAGGAGCGAGAGGACGGAGAUCCGCCUCAGGGCUACCAGGGGGGCUCGCCGGGGACUUUGUUGGCCAACGGGCGAGCAGCAGCAGCAGCAGGCGGCCGCGGCGUGCUCCACCUGGUCCAAACGCUCUACCCCUUCAGCUCUGUGACGGAGGAGGAGCUGAACUUUGAGAAGGGAGAGGUCAUGGAGGUGGUGGAGAAGCCCGAGAACGACCCCGAGUGGUGGAGGUGUCAAAACUCCCGCGGCAUGGUGGGCCUGGUUCCUAAAAACUAUGUGGUGGUGCUGGACGAGCGGCCCGGCCCGCCCCCGUCCACGGCGAGCUCCCUGCAGAACCGCCUGGUGGCGCCGGCGCGCUCGGGGAAGUUCGCCGGGCGCGACUGGUACUACGGCAGCAUCACCCGACACCAGGCCGAGUCCAUACUCAACGAGCAGGGGGAGGAGGGAGACUUCCUGGUGCGAGACAGCGAGUCAUCGCCCAACGAUUUCUCUGUGUCUCUGAAGGCGGCCGGUAAGAAUAAGCACUUCAAAGUGCAGCACUCGGAGGGAGUGUACUGUAUCGGCCAGCGCAAGUUCAGCUCCAUCGACGAGCUGGUGGAGCACUACAAGAAGGCCCCCAUCUUCACCAGCGAGCACGGCGAGAAGCUGUACCUGGUCAAGGCGCUGCUGUGAUUCACACACCCUCACGCCAACACUGGAUCCCACACACACACACACACACACACACAAGACACUAUCCACCGUUCUACUUGUAAUGCCAGCCCCUGACCUUCCUAACUCAAGCCUUAGCUCUGGCCGCAACGCGUGAACUCCGUCGCCCCCCAGUGGCGAUGGGGUGAAACUGUUUCUGGCGGCCAUAUCCUCCGUGCACGGGCCAGUGCGCUGCAGUUCUUCCUGUUGGAUGCGCUGACGUGUGCAGUGGACACAUGUGCUGCAGCCGGAGCGCCUGAGGCCUCGUCUCUGAUGUCAUACAUAAUGUCCGUUUACUACCACGCACAUUGUAGGUCACACCAUUGCUCUUAACCCACACAGGAAGAAGGCCCCCGAGGGACCUCGCCUCUCCAAUCGCUGGCCCUUCUUUUAUUUAGUUCAUUUAUUUAAAAACGGCAAUCCUUGUUCCCAGUUUAUUUUUUUAAAGAUCAUUUAAAUCCCUCUGUAGGUUUGAAUGACUUCACAAAGUGACCAGAAACACUCUUGCCUUUUUCUCCUAAUUUUCCUCACUCCUUUACAUGAUUUGCUCCCAUUUUGAAUUUUUUGUCUUCCAUCACAUUUACAAAUUCACUGUCACCACAACCUUUAGUGGCGAUUGGAAAGUGUCAUACAAUUCUCCCAAUAGACAGUAGUGGGGGGGGGGGGUGUAUUAAUGCGAUUAGGGAGACCUGUGAUGUUCUGUAGAGAUGAAUGUUUUUCAACGUAACCAACUGUGCCGCCCUGUUCCCAUACCGCUGGCCUCAGGUCUGCACUCCCGUACUUGGCAUUCAUUUGUAGCUCUGUGCUCAUGCUUUAUAUCGUCACAUUGGACACGUUUCUGUAGCUACAUGAAGAGACUGACUCUAGAAUAAUACAUUUUCAAAACAAUUUGCAAUCUGAAUGAAUGCUGUUAUAAAAUAGGAUCCCAUCAUUUGUAUUGUUUGUUAAAGAUAAGUAUAUAUCUGGAUAUCUUUUGUUAGAAAUGUGUAAUUUCACAGGAAAAUCCAAUGUAAAAAAAUAAACUACUCUUUUCGCACAAGUGAUUAGCUGAGAUGCAAAUAAUUAAUGAAGCAAGAAGGGAGAGGCCUGAACCAUCAUUUACGCCAACAAAUAGUGGAGAUACUUUAUCAUUUUCAGCAAUCUGUGAAAACUGUUCAAUGACAGCAGGAGCAACGGUUAACCUGACACGACAUGUCAGUGUACAAGACAUUGAUUAUCUUUUCAAAUCUGCUCGCUACAGUGGUCAUUUUGAAUAAUGACCGGACAGGACGUCUUUCUGUGACUAAAAUCAAGGACACAAUGUUUCAGACAUGACUACCAGUGUCCUCUGGUGAACUGCUAUCACCUUAAUUUUAAGCUGCAACAAACUAAGGGACCUAGGCUUAAAUCAAUUUGUAAUGAGAGUAAUCUUUUACUGCAAGAAACCAAAUAUACAAAUCUGAUUUAUGGAGAAAUAUUCUAGUUCUACCGGACAUUUUACUUGUCAAUUUCUCUUUUGUGCAUUUGUUUACCAUUGGAAGUGUUCAUGGGGUUCUCAGCUUUUAUAUGAUAUAUCUGAAUGUUAUUGAACAAUGCUAUUUAAUUCUUGUCUCCACUGUAUGUAUAUAUUAAAAAAAUAAGAUGAGGUGCAUAUAUGAAUCGAGAUCAAACAACGGUACUGUAUCGCUGACAACGUGGUGCGAAUUUAAAUACUUUUGUUCAAUAAAUCUUUUGAA